GCGAGCUCUUAUCGAUAACCUGUCCAAUGCUCCGACAGCGCGUGGUGCGGGGCGCCUUUAGGUACUAGGCAGCAGUGGCUCCGCGCCUUCAAGCUCACACCCUCUCCACGCCCACGCACCUAGGCAAGUUGCCGGUUUUGUACGAUAGUUGCUUGUUCGCACAGUCGGCGCGUCGACAAGAUGGAGAACUCGGCUUUUGGCGGUUGGAUGCACGAGAACAACGUCCAGCUCGUGGAUCCGAAACGCGAUGCUCUCUACAAUUACGACCCAGAAGCUCAGAAAGCUCUCCAGAACGACAAGCCAUGGAGGAAAGACAAUAACUACUUCAAACAUGUUCGCAUCAGUGCUGUGGCGCUGAUCAAGAUGGCCAUGCACGCCCGCUCGGGCGGCUCGCUGGAGAUCAUGGGCUUGAUGCAGGGCUACAUCGAGCACGAGACUUUUAUCGUUACCGAUGCUUUCCGUCUUCCCGUCGAAGGAACCGAGACACGAGUCAAUGCGCAAGGCGAGGCGAACGAGUACAUUAUCGAAUACCUUGACCUGUGUCGCGACCAGGGCAGGCACGAGAACGUGGUGGGCUGGUAUCACAGUCACCCUGGCUACGGGUGCUGGCUUAGCGGCAUCGACGUUGAGACAGAGGCUAUGCAGCAGCAAUUCCAAGAUCCCUUUCUCGCCGUCGUCAUUGACCCCGACCGUACUAUCAGCGGCGGCAAAGUCGAAAUUGGGGCCUUCCGGACCUACCCUGCCGAUGGCACGGGGGCCGUUGUGUCUGGGUCCGCGACGACUUCCGAUGGAUUCCAGGCUGUUCCCCUCGACAAAGCUGCCGAAUUCGGUGCUCACGCCAAUCGGUACUACAGCUUGGAGGUGUCACACUUCAAGAGCACUCUCGAAACCCACUUGCUCGAGCAGUUGUGGCACAAGUACUGGGUUCAGACCCUCAGCCAGAACCCACUCCUCACAAACCGCGAGUACGGAAACAAGCAGAUGCUCGAUCUGAGCCAAAAGAUUGAGCAGGCUACAAAACAACUCUCUCGCUCUAGGGGAGCAUGGGGCACACCCAAGACGCCCGACAAACAAGUGGAGAAGAUGGCGCAGGAGGUCAACGCAAUCGCUAGCAAGGAAAGGACGGGAUUGAUUGCAAGCCAAGUCAAGGCCGAGCUGUUCAAUGAUAUCGUCGCAAAAGACUCGGCAUGAGGGUUGUGAAUUUCGGUACGGCGUUAUGAGGCAUAGAAGGCGUUGGCAAGGAAUGGAAUAUGAAUUUUCUUCCCCUCCGUUUCUCGGCUUUGACAGUGGCUCAUUCAAUGUCUUCUUUGCCCAGCCCACCUUGGCCUGG